GACGACUCGUCCCGGAGCGCCCGCUGCCGGUCCGCCUGCUCCCAAUCCCGGCCCCGCCGCGGGGCGCCUCCUAGCCCUGCUCCGGCCUGCGAGCCCAGAUGCUCCGGGGCGCAUCCCAGCCCGCACUGGCGUAGGCCGCCCUCUGGGAAGUGGGACCCCCGUUCCCUUUGUUGCGGACCUGCUUGCUUCGUGCUGCCAAGGAUUGGGCUUCGUGGAGGGCAGACAGUGUUUGGGGCUUUGCAGAGGACGGGGAUGCCUACUCAGUAGAUAGCGUUGAGUUGAACGUUCUGCAGAAAUGUGUCCGGCUUUGUCAUCCAUGAGUUAAGGAAAAUUCAUUUUAUGUCCUUCCCUUUGUACCUACUUGGGACCAGAUGCCUUCCUGCUCCCUCUAAGGCUCUGAGCAGCACUGAACACAGACUUGCUUGUGAAGACCAGAAUCAGGAAUGUCAUGGGGCCGGAGGGAGCUUAAUCUAUGGAAGGGCUUCAUGGUAGAGCAACCCGUGGAAAAUGAAUAGGUGGUCGAGGGUGCCAGGGAGGCAUAGGCAGGGAUUACAAAGGAUCUGCAGCAUUUCACUUAACUUUUCAUAUUUUGAAAAUUUGUCAAUUACCAAAAGGAAGUUACACUGUGAAAGGCUGUUCUUUGUGUGUGAAGUCAGCAAAGAUUGAAAAGGGAGCUAUUGGUGUGCUAGACAGUGGUUGGAAUCCAGUCUCACACUUUGCUGGUAGGAGAAUAAAUUGGUACAACCUCUAAGGAGGGUGACUUGGCAAUAGCUGUUAAAAUGUCAGCUAUACAUUCAGAUUGAAAUGAUCCAGCAGCCUGUGUCUAGGAAAUUUUCCUUAGAUAACUGCUGCAUAUAUGGCAAAGCUAAAUGACUUUAAGUGCAAAAAUGUUGGCAAUAGCAAACAAUUAGAGGAAACCCAGCUGUCUCUCUGAAAAGAACUGGUUAAAUAAAAUAGUUAUCUAUACCUUCGACUGAGGGGAGGAUGUGAAAUUAUCAUGUACAAAAGUUAAUAAGGAGGGGAAUGUAGUUUUAGAGAUUUGCCUGCAAAAGCGUAGAUGCCACCUGGAACAGCAGUGGGAAAGUAGUUUUUUCUGGGACAGGAUCUGGUCGGGGGUCAUAAGUGGGAGGCAAAGCUAAGUUUCAUAAUACAGUUUUUGUUUUACAGUAGAAUCUGUUUUUCAUAUUUUUCCCCGUAAUGGUUCAGUAGGAAUUGAAGAACACAUUGACAGGGGGAUAAUGGAGGGACAUGAGUUGGGGAGGGCAGACGUUCACAGCCUGUGGCAGGUGCCUCGCUGGCAGGUGGUGCUGUGGCCAGGAGAGGGAGCAGCCGGGCCCCGCAGCUUGGUGCCCCCGACCCCGAGCAGCCAGCUGUCCACUGUCAUUUCUGGUUGGUUCUAAGAUGUGUUUGCAAUAGUUGGUUUUACUAACUGGGUUUCUGAGGCCCCUUUUCAAAUCUGUUUGCCUUUUUUGAACAUACUGACUCAAUCAUUAGAAAGUAUGCUUGAGUUUAAAGCACGAUGCAGACAAUCUCAAAUGUACUUGACUCAGAAUCUUGGUCAGAGAAGGCAGGGCUUAAAACCCUCCCCUCCACGGCCCCUUGGACCUGCUGUCAAUUUUUGCAUCCUUUCCUGUGUAGGGGAACGCAGUGUUCUCUCCCAGUAGCAGAGGGAGCACUAGUCUGUGCUGGUGCUUCUCUCUGGUCCUUUAGGAAUUCUAGGAUGUCCCAAGGGGCUGGGGGCUUGUAUUUCGCUUUUCCCAGCUGAGCCUGAUGACAUGCGGGUUAGGCAUGCAGUGAGUCUCUGCUGGGUAGGGGACCAACCGCAGGCGGUCUGUCUCCAGAACCCUUCUGUUCACGGGAUGUGGAAGGAGAUAAAAUGGAGAGAAGAAUCUUGGCAAUGAAGGGACACCCAUCAGGACGAAGAGGCCCCUGAUUUGGACAGUGGUGGGAGGGGAGAGGGACUUAGCAGAUUCGGGACCACAGCUGACAGCCGCGGUGCUGAGGUCCGGAGUUGCGGUCAGGAUGGCGGAGGAGCAGGAGUUCGCCCAGCUCUGCAAGUUGCCCACGCAGCCCUCCCACCCGCACUGCGUCAGCAACACCUACCGGAGCGCACAGCACUCACAGGCCCUGCUCCGGGGGCUGCUGGCUCUCCGGGACAGCGGCAUCCUCUUCGACGUCGUCCUGGUGGUGGAGGGGAGACACAUCGAGGCCCAUCGCAUCCUGCUGGCUGCGUCCUGUGAUUACUUCCGGGGCAUGUUUGCUGGGGGCUUGAAGGAGAUGGAGCAGGAAGAGGUUCUGAUCCAUGGCGUGUCCUACAAUGCCAUGUGUCAGAUCUUGCAUUUCAUAUACACAUCCGAGCUGGAGCUCAGCCUGAGCAACGUCCAGGAGACGCUGGUCGCCGCCUGCCAGCUUCAGAUCCCGGAAAUCAUCCACUUCUGCUGUGACUUCCUCACACCCUGGGUGGAUGAGGACAACAUCCUGGACGUCUACCGGCUGGCCGAGCUCUUUGACCUGAGCCGCCUGACAGAGCAGCUGGAUGCCUACAUCCUCAAAAACUUCGUCGCCUUCUCACGGACUGACAAGUACCGCCAGCUGCCCCUGGAGAAGGUGUACUCGCUGCUGAGCAGCAACCGCCUGGAGGUGUCCUGCGAGACAGAGGUGUACGAGGGCGCACUGCUCUACCACUACCCGCCCGAGCAGGUGCAGGCUGACCGGCUCCCGCUGCAUGAGCCCCCAAAGCUCCUGGAGACCGUGCGCUUCCCCCUCAUGGAGGCCGAAGUCCUGCAGCGCCUGCAUGACAGGCUGGACCCCAGCCCGCUGCGGGACACGGUGGCCGCUGCCCUCACCUACCACCGCAACGAGAGCCUACAGCCCAGCCUGCAGGGCCCACAGACUGAGCUGCGGUCAGACUUCCAGUGUGUCGUGGGCUUCGGGGGCAUCCAUUCCACACCGUCCACUGUCCUCAGUGACCAGGCCAAGUAUCUGAACCCGCUGCUGGGCGAGUGGAAGCACUUCACUGCCUCCCUGGCACCCCGCAUGUCCAACCAGGGCAUCGCUGUGCUCAACAACUUUGUGUACCUGAUCGGAGGCGACAACAACGUCCAGGGCUUCCGCGCUGAGUCCCGGUGCUGGAGGUACGAUCCAAGGCACAACCGCUGGUUCCAGAUCCAGCCCCUGCAGCAGGAGCACGCCGACCUGUGUGUGUGUGUCGUGGGCAAGCACAUCUACGCUGUGGCCGGCCGCGACUACCACAAUGACCUGAGUGCCGUGGAGCGCUACGACCCUGCCACCAACUCCUGGGCUUAUGUGGCCCCGCUCAAGAGGGAGGUGUACGCCCACGCAGGUGCUGCUCUGGCCGGGAAGAUGUACAUCACCUGCGGUCGCCGCGGGGAGGACUACCUGAGAGAGACGCACUGCUACGACCCGGGCAGCGACACCUGGUGCAGCCUGGCCGAUGGGCCGGUGCGGAGGGCAUGGCAUGGCAUGGCUACUCUCCUGGACAAGCUGUACGUGGUCGGGGGCAGCAACAAUGACGCGGGCUACAGGAGGGACGUUCAUCAGGUGGCCUGCUACAGCUGCACGUCCGGACAGUGGUCAUCCGUCUGCCCGCUCCCGGCGGGGCACGGGGAGCCCGGCAUCGCUGUUCUGGACAACAGGAUCUACGUGCUGGGCGGCCGCUCGCACAACCGGGGCAGCCGCACGGGCUACGUGCACAUCUACGAUGUGGAGAAGGACUGCUGGGAGGAGGGGCCCCAGCUGGACAACUCCAUCUCGGGCCUGGCGGCCUGCGUGCUCACCCUGCCCCGGUCCCUGCUCCUUGAGCCACCCCGAGGGACCCCUGACCGCAGCCAGGCCGACCCGGACUUCGCCUCCGAGGUGAUGAGUGUGUCUGACUGGGAGGAGUUCGACAACUCCAGCGAGGAUUAGGGUCCCGGGCUGGUGUCGGGGGGAAGGGUGAUGGGAGCCCCCAGGGGGCAGUGGGGCCUGGCUGAGCACUUGACCCCAGGGUGGCGCUCACCCCAACCCCAGGCUCCAUGGGCUCGAGGCUCCUGCCACCCUUCCUUCUUACUGCCCAUCAGCAGGUAUUUUUGGGGCUCUGCAGGUCUGGGGCUGUGGAUUACCCUAGGGUGGGGCCCUCUCCUCACCAGGAAGGGGCGUGCUGCCUCCAGCUGUUCUGGCCUCCCCGCUCCCUGGUCCUGGUCCCUGCUGGGCUGAGAAGGCACUCUUCUCCCAAGGGACCUAGGGACUGGCCCCUGGCAAGGGGCCUGAGGCACAUCUCACCCCUCCUGUAGUCAGGAGGCAGCAGCUGGGGGCUGGAGGGAUGGCACGUUCCCAGGGACCUGAGGGGGCAGAGAAAAGUCACUUUGCCAAAAUUUGGUUUUAGUGAGAAGAUCCCCUCUGGCUGGGCUUUUCUGACCCUGUGUUGUUGAUAAAUGAAAUAAAUCAUCUGACCCCAGGUG